UCAAGUAGAAGAAAUAUGGAAGCUUUGAGAUUCAUCUUCAGGCUUUCUUUUGCUUUGUUGGUGAUGGUGCUGCACAAUAAGCAUCAUCAAGCAAAUGGUGCACUACACUCUCAUACACAAUUAUUGGUUGAUGAGGCUAACAACGAUGGUCCUUACCUUGGUUUGGUCAUUCCAAACCUUUUUGAGAUGAACCCUCUUCUUCAAUCUCCAAGCUUUGUUUCCUCCAACUUCUACAUAGAUGCUUAUGGAAGAAGAUUUCGCUUUGGAACAAUUGGUGAUAAGAAAGUAAUACUAGUCAUGACAGGACUAAGCAUGAUAAAUGCAGCGAUAACCACACAGUUGUUGUUGGGUUUAUUCAGUAUAGAAGGAGUGGUUCAUUAUGGAAUUGCUGGAAAUGCAAAUCCAUCCCUCAAUAUUGGAGACGUCACCAUUCCUAAGUAUUGGGCUCACACUGCUCUAUGGAAUUGGCAGAGGUAUGGACAAGGGCCUGAAAAUGAGCUGGCCCUUGAAUCAAAUGGAGACUACACGAGAACAGUUGGAUACAUAAAGUUUGCAAAUUACACCACAAACAUUACAGGCGGCAGCUCAUUUGACAACUCGUUGAACAAUGUAUGGUACCAACCAGAAGAAGUAUUCCCCAUAGAUGGCACCCCAGAGGAUAGGGAACAUGCCUUUUGGGUCCCCGUUGACUCAAAUUAUUUUAGCAUCUCAAAGAAACUGGAGGGAUUGAAGCUAGAGGCGUGUCUGAACGCGACGACUUGUUUGUCAGACGCACCAAAAGUGGCGAGGGUGGAGCGAGGAACAAGCGCUAGCAUAUACCUGGACAAUGCUGCGUAUCGUAGCUUCAUAUAUGGUAAAUUCAAUGUGAGUCCUGUAGAUAUGGAGAGUGCAUCAGUGGCAUUGAUAUGCUAUCAACAAAAAGUUCCUUUCAUCACUAUUAGAGCUUUGUCUGACCUUGCUGGUGGUGGCUCUGCUCACUCUAAUGAGGCUGAUACCUUCAUCAAUCUCGCGGCCAACAAUUCUGUCACGGUUGUCGUGGCAUUUAUCGAGCAACUUUCAGUAUCUGAAGCCUUGGUUGCUAGCCCUCCUUAUAUAUCUAAGAUGGCAUAACCAUAACCAUAACCAUAACCAUAACCAUAGCCAUCCCAUCUUGUUUUGGCUAUGCAAAUAAGGGAUUAAAUAAAGAAUUAUUGUAGAAGCAAUGCAAAUUGAACUCUUUUUAGGUGAUGAA